AAGCUGAAGGUUAUGUUUUCGUAUAAUUUUUAUUUAUUAUAUUUUUUUAUUGCUGUUGAUCGUAAAAACAGUUAUUGGGAUACAAUAAGUUAAUAAUUGAGCCAGCAUGUCGCUGCAUGCGGCGCGCGUGAAGGAGGAGUCGGAUACGAUGGCAGAUGAUGUUUUCAUUAAGCAGGAGGAAUCAGAACUAGAUUGUGUGGAACUCCCUUAUGUACAGCAAUUGAAUUGUGUAACAAUUGAAGCAGCCAUUGUGGAUGUAGAAUUUGACCCACCAGUCCCACCAGAGCAGGCAGUGGAAGAGGAGCCAUACAGCGAAGACUUGAGUGACCCAGCUGUGUACAUGAGUAGGCCGGACGAGCUCCUGAAACCGGAGUGUUUGGACAUGCCCUUGUGUUCGGACGCCUCGGUCAGUCAGUAUGCUGAUGUCAAGGACGAGCUUCUACUAGAGCCCGCAUGUAUUAACUUACCAGCCAGUCAGUUAACCAGCCUAUCUAGGGAUAAAUUUAAUCCCGUUCUGACCGACUGCUGCGUCCGAAUAGAACGCUGUGUGGCUGCAGAAAAAGCAUUGAAGCAACAAAUGGCAGAAUUAUAUCAAAUAUAUGUCAAGGAAAAUAGAAUGCAGACACGAACGAGAGACGACGAAGACUUUCUUUGCGGAAAGUGCAAACAGAACGAAAAAUUCGAGUUCUGUGAAGUUUGUAAUAUGAACAUGCGCGCUCUUAACCAAUUAAGGAAUUUGCGCGGUAAUCGACAUACCGAUAAAACAACUUAUACUUGUGAAAUAUGCCGCGAACAAUUCCAAGAAAUUAAAGAUUUGUAUCAGCAUAAAUUUGUUGUUCAUGGAAUAUAUAAAAUUCUUCAGAUGAAGAAUCCAACAGAGUUCUACAGCGCAUACUUGUCUCGUGUGUAUUCGAACGAGACCAUGAGUGGAAGCACAUCCAACUUACUUAACACUACUAACGUCAAUACGGAUGAAAAAUUUCCAAUCGAAUACAAGAAGACAUAUGCCAGAGAAGUAAUGCCAUUUAAAAUUGGUACCGACUUAGUAAAACCAGAAAAUAUGAUACCUAAAGCCGUAUCAGACUACGAACGUACGAGAAAACCCUACAGCUGCAAAGUGUGUAACAAACCCGCUAAGAAUGAAAAACUUUGUGUUCAAUGUUUGAAAGAAAGGCUGAUACGUAAUCUGUUUGUGAAAAAGGCUAGAGUCAAAAAUAAGUUUUUAGGCAAUAAGACAGUAUUGAAAAUCAAGCGACCACAACAUUUGCGUAAAGAAAAGCUCCAAACGGGCCUUAGAAAACAACCAAAGUUUAGAAAAAUAGAAACGCGGGAAUGCUUCGUCCGGCUAGAGCGCUGCGAAGCCGCGGAGCAAGCAUUAUGGCCCAAAAUUGACGCCGUAAGAUCACUAAAAUCCGAAAUUGUUGCGGAAAAUACAGUAAUGUGGUCACCCCAAUCUAAUCUGACAUCUGACAAGAGUGAAGAACGUUGCUGCAAUAUGUGUAGAACGAAGACGCCACCAGGUGUCAGGUUCUGUGCUCCAUGUGAGAAGAUACAGGCAGAGAAUUUUUUAAUUGCGCUAAAAAAUGGAUUAUAUAGUAAGCGAGCCAGGAAUAGACUUCCAUGACCAAUCUCUAGGGAGAAAAUUCGUAUAGUGGCUAACGGGCUUAACGGCUACGCAUGAUGAACUCUCGUGGACGUCAGCUGCCGCUUCGCUGGUGGGUUGAGGAAUGGCAGCCACGGAAAAAAAUAAUAAAUAAAUAAAAUACAAAGAAAAUAUAGCAUAAAGGCGUAAAUAAAUAAAAAAAAUACAAUAACGUGGCCACACCAAUCUAAUCUGACAUCUGGCAAGAGUGAAGAACGGUGCUGCACUAUGUGUAAAACGAAGACGCCACUAUGUAUAUCGGAGCGGCCGAGGUGUUCACAAAAUCUGAACACGCACUCU